GUGAUGGCGGGCAGGCGGUUUGGCUGGAGCCGGGCGGCUCUUCUCCAGCUCAUUCUUGGUGUGAACCUGAUGGUGAUGCCACCCACCCAGGCCCGGACACUGCGUUUCGUUACCUUGCUGUACCGACAUGGAGACCGCUCUCCAGUGAAGACUUAUCCCAAGGACCCCCAUCAGGAAGACAAAUGGCCCCAGGGCUUUGGUCAGCUAACCAAGGAGGGCAUGCUGCAGCACUGGGAGCUGGGCCAGGCUCUGCGACAGCGCUACCGCGGCUUCCUCAACGCCUCGUACCACCGGCAGGAGGUUUAUGUGCGAAGCACAGACUUUGACCGGACGCUUAUGAGUGCAGAGGCCAACCUGGCUGGACUCUUCCCGCCCGACGGGAUGCAGCGCUUUAACCCAAACAUUUCUUGGCAGCCUAUCCCCGUCCACACCGUGCCCAUUGCCGAGGACAGGCUGCUGAAGUUCCCCUUAGGCCCAUGCCCCCGCUUUGAACAGCUGCAGAAUGAGACCCGGCGGACGCCCGAGUAUCAGAACGAGAGUGUUCAGAAUGCACAAUUCCUGGAGAUGGUGGCCAAUGAGACGGGGCUCACGGACCUGACGCUGGAGACCGUCUGGAAUGUCUACGACACGCUCUUCUGCGAGCAGACGCACGGGCUGCCCCUGCCGCCCUGGGCCUCGCCCCAAACCAUGCAGCGUCUGAGCCGGCUGAAGGACUUCAGCUUCCGCUUCCUCUUCGGGAUCUACAAGCAGGCAGAGAAGGCCCGGCUGCAGGGGGGCGUCCUGCUGGCUCAGAUACGGAAGAACCUGACGCUGAUGGCAACCACCUCCCAGCUCCCUAAGCUGCUGGUCUACUCUGCGCACGACACCACGCUGGUGGCUCUGCAGAUGGCGUUGGGGAUUUACAACGGCGAGCAGGCCCCCUAUGCGUCCUGCCACAUGUUUGAGCUGUACCAGGAGGACAGUGGGAAUUUCUCGGUGGAGAUGUACUUCCGGAAUGAGAGUCAUAGGGACCCCUGGCCCCUGACCCUGCCCGGCUGCCCCAACCGCUGCCCGCUGCAGGACUUCCUCCGCCUCACGGAGCCGGUCGUGCCCAAGGAUUGGCUGCAGGAGUGCCAGCUGGCGGGCGGGCCUGCAGACACAGAGGUGAUCGUGGCCUUGGCCGUCUGCGGCUCCAUCCUCUUCCUUCUCAUAGUGCUGCUCCUCACCGUCCUCUUCCGGGUGCAGGCCCAGCCUCCUGGCUACCGCCACGUUCCGGACGGGGAGGACCAUGCCUGACAACCACUCAGCCCCCUUCCCUCUGCCUCCUAGGGGAGGUGGGCUGGGCCCUUGCUCCUGACUGUUGCUGCUCCCCAGCCCAUGGACAGGAGACCCUGGGUUGGGCCUCCCUCUGAUCACCCGCACCUAGAUGAACAAGUGAGGCUCAGCUUGGCCCGAGGCACCUGUCACCUGGCAUCCACAUGCCCAACGUUAACCAAGUACUGUGUCGGACACUGGCUUCCUCCAAACGAGAUUUGCCUCCUCCGUGCUCCCUUCUAAGGACGUGAAAUGUAGACAAGUGCUCCGGUUUCACUCAGGACCUGGGAGGAAAAAACUGAAGGAGAUGGUGCUUGGUCUGCUUUGCCUCUAUCAAACCCUGCUCUCUCUUCCAACCCAGAGUCUUUGGCAGAUGGCCCCAAGGACACGGUCUUGCCUCUCACCUCUCAGUGCUUAUUUUAGCGGGAAGAAUGGCCGUCAGGGAACCAGGUCACCCAAGAGCCAGCCAGUGAAGUUUGUCCAGCUGAAGCCACCGUUAACUCAAGUGAGACAUAAUGCUUUCAGCAUCUUUGUCACCCCUCACCUUGAGCCAGUUGGAGGUUUGUGUUUGGGAAGGAGUCGGGGAUGGCAGAGAGGGGAUGGUGAGUUGUGGUACAGAAUCCUGAAACCACUGUCCCCGCCCUUAGUGGGGCUGGGAUCCCUAGGUUGUGAGCUGAACAGCUCUAGACUGUGGCCCAGAACAGGCCUGAGCCAGCUUCCAGAGAAUGAAGGUUUGAGACUCUCAGUGCUGGUUCUAUGCCUUUUCUUCACUCUGGGGAGCUGAGAAGCCCUUUGACAAGAUCAGAGCUGGAAGAUCCACUCAGAAGCUCAGCUGGGUAUGGUUUUAUUGGCCGUGUGAAUAGUGAGCACAGAUCAAAAACUACUACCUGAGCACUGUGUGUCAGAGAGGAGAAAGGAGAGAAGCUCGGCUCCACGCCACAUACAGCAGAGGCCCCUGGGGCAGCAAGCCUGCCAACUCUGGAGUUCCUGGAGCUCAGUCCACGUGCGUGUCCAGUCCCCAUGUCGUGGUCCCAGUGCCUCAGCUCCGACGCUGGGACUCCAGUACCUCGGCCCUUUAAUAUGAAGCCGCCUCUUGUUAACUUGUUCUCGUGGGGCUCCAAGCCGCUGCUUGGCCCCCGCUUCAUUAACGUCUCUCAUUUCUGAGUCCCAGCAUCCUCCAGGCUCCAAACAAGAAUGUGAUAACCUAGGAGGAGUGAGACCAGAGGCACCUUCCAUCACCAGCCUCUGAGAACUUGGAGCUGAUGUGGGGAACCUAGCACUUGGUCAGGAGACACCAGGAAGCCGGGUAGCAGCCAGGCACUGCUAUGGCCAAGACUCAGCGAGGACGGCCCUCAGUCCAAAGAGACCGUGGGCUCCUGGUUACCAUCUUCACUGCCUAUAUCCUGGGGGUGGCUGGAGCAGCGCUAAGCUGGGGUGAGCCCGCACUGAACCUUGGGGAGUAGGCUGGGCUUGCCUGGCCUCAUGUACACUCACCCAUCACAGAGGCCAGCGUGUCCCCCAUGGGAUUGAAUUCAUUGAGCUGCAGAGACAAGGGGAUGAGCAUGAGGAGGGAGUGGAGGUACCAGAAGAGGGGCAUGUGAGGAGUAACUGGUCAUUUUUGAUCCAAGAGGUUGAAUCCCUGCCUCCUCCCAUUUAUUAUUUGAGGGCCCAGGCCUCACCGACAUGAUACCAGAAGAUUCUGGGUCAUACAGCUGAUACAUGAUCUUUCCUGAGCUUCCAUCAAACACAUCGAUCGUCCUUAAUUCAUGGGGGGAACAACUUUUGAAAUUAGGAUCUGGGUAUCGGCCCACGACAAUGAGGUUGUACCGAGGAUGCCAGCUUGCCUAGGAGAUGGAGAGGCAGGUCACAGAAAUAAAUGCAGAACAGCGUUUAGAGGGACAUCAGAAGUACCUUUGCCACUGACAACAAUGGUUAAGACAGCUGCCAGCAGUUUAACAACGGAGGCGAGGCCUGCGUGGAACAAGAGACAAGCGCGUGUGCGUCUGCCGUCGCAAAUGUGGAACCCCGGCUGGCCUUCCUGUGACCCUCAGGACACAUUCAGGCCGCCUCUCUCUGCGUUUCCUGACAUCGUACCAGCUGAUAAGUAUUUUAACAGCAGCGUGACCCGAGUGAAAGCGACAGUAUCGUUGCUCAGUCGUGUCCGACUCUGCGACCUGUAGACUGUAGCCCACCAGGCUCCUCUCCGUGGGAUUCUCUGGGCAGGAACACUGGAGUGUGUUGCUGUUCCCCUUCUCCAGGGGGUCUUCCCGACCCAGGGAUCUAAAUAGGACCUUGGUUCUGAGCUCGUCCCACGGCUCUCCCUCCAACGUCAGGGAGUUGAGUAGAAAAUGGCAAGUGGCUGAAACGAGGGAGGAUCCCUCUGUUCCCAGAUCACCCCACUCAAACCCAGCAGCUACUGGGAUGACAGAACUGGAUGGGAUUUUCCCAAGAAGGCUUUUCAAGGAAGUUCUGAAGGGGACAAGACACGGUUAGCAGGAAGAAAGAGGUGCUACAGGCAGUGACUUGGAAAUAAGUCACAAGUCACACCUGGGACACUGUCAGUUGGGCUGGCUGAUUGAUACCAAGAGGGAGAUAAGGAAGAAAGGAUCAGUGGGAACACUAACUGCUGAAGGGCCGAUAUUACAGACAGCUUGGAUUUGACGCGAGGUACGUUAUGCUAUGCUAAGUUGCUCAGUCGUGUGACCCUCAACUCUUUUGUGACCCUAUGUGACCCUGUAGCCCACCAGGCUCCUCUGUCCAUGGGAUUCUCCAGGCAAGAAUACUGGAGUGGGCUGCCAUUUCCUACUCUAGGGUUGAGGUACGCGGGUGCCAUUCUGAUACCAAAUCAUUAUUGUUUCCUGAGUACUUCCUAGGCGCCAAGCAUGUUGCCACAUGCUUUUAAGUACUUGGGUUCAACCUUACAACCACCACCUGUCAGUCAGAUACCGUUAUUCCCUCUUUAUAAAUGAGGACGUCGGGAUCCCUAAUGGGAGUGAUCUGCUGAAGGUCUAACCUGGGGGCCUGGGGGAAUGGGGUCUGCCCGCCUGAACUAUGCUCUACUGACUACACAAGUGCAGGUAUGAGCUCUGGAGGCCCGAAGAGGGGCUGUGGUUCUAGAAAAGAAUAUAAACCAGACAGCAGGAGGACUGGCGGGGCUCAGACUGCGGUGGUGGCAGGCAUGGAGGACUUGAAGGUUGGAAGCCUUGGGGGUUAAGGCUAGAGAAGCUGGCUAACUAAGCCAAGUUAGCUCAUGGAUCAGCUGCACACACAGGUCGCUGAAACUGAGGGCCGAACAGCGGAUCAGGAUCUCAGAAAGUGCCCCCACAGAGAGGAGAUCUGGGCCGCGUGGAAAGAACUCAGGAAAAUCCACUUAUCAAAGAGACAUGAAGAAGACUCAGCAAAACGGGCUCACGGAGCUGGACCAAAGGUGCAGAGCGAGCCAGGGCGAGAAGAGGGCUGGGGCGGCAGGCCUCCAUGUCCGCGGCGCCUUCCCAGCAUCACUUACCUUGAUGGGCGUCAGGUGCUGGAAGUGGCGGUGAGGAUGUGGGAUCAGGCUUGGCGGGCAGUCCCACUGGCAAGCAGAGUAAACCCGGAUCUCACUCUUCUGGUCAGUGGUCAGGAGCUGGGCUCCAUCGGGACUGAAAUGAGCUGGCAAAGCGAAAAGCCUCUGAGCUCAAGGGACCCCAGGUGGGCCCCAUCCUGGCCCUCACGGGCCUCCUGCAGGGGCACCUCCCUCCCACUGCUUCCUAGAGACGGGUGGCAGGGCCGUGAUCUGGGCCGUGAACAAACACCCAAGAGGCUCAGCAGCUGGGGGCUGGCUAGAGACAGGAGGGCUCGGGACCUCGGCCUGGCUGACGCUGUGCGGGGUUAGGGCCUGGCUGAGUGGCUUCCGUGCUUUGCAGGAAAGAGCCUGAAGCGGGUCGGUGGGGUCUGCAGGAAGGCCGAGGUCUGGUAUAUCACACCUGCGUUGACAGGAUGCCUGUGCGGCAGCGAGUGGAGGAAGCUGGAUUUCCCUCUAACCUGGCGCAGGUCCCAG